CUGUAUUGGAAGGAGCCGCAUGGCGACAAGGACGCACUGUGGGUAACGUUAGACGUUAGAGAUGGUCCGUCUUUUUUAGCCGGUACAGUCUGUGCUCUUAUAUAUGGAUGAAACACAGUUAGUCUACUCAGCCAGGGAUUUCGGUAGAAGUUGAAGUUGGUUUCCUAUUUACCAGCUUUUUGUUCUAAUUUUCCCGUUUCCACCUCGAAUGGUGCAGCAGAGUUUGUAGAUACUAUGGAGGAGAAAUCUGCAUCUUAUGAGCGUGUUGUGUACAAAAACCCCUCUGAGUACCACUACAUGAAGAUUCAUCUAGUUCUUGAAAAUGCAAACACAAGCAUCAGCGCGGAAGAGUUCAAGCACCUGAUAAUCUGUGGACUCAAAGACCUUUACGGAGAGGUUGGAGCUGCGAUCCCCUUUGAUGUGCUGACGUUUGACCAGACUGCACUAUCGGCCAUACUUCGAGUGUACAACAGUGGUCUGGUGAAAUUGUGGAGUGCACUAACACUGAUUGGAUCGUAUGCAAAUGAACCGUGCGCUUUCAGAGUCACCCAGGUUUCGCCAUUUUUAUUAGCCCUUUCUGGAAACAGUCGUGAGAUGGAGGUGUAGUAGCUCUGUCAUCAUCGAGAAGAGCUCCACCAUUUACCUGUGAAAAUGACCUUCGUUCUGAGAAGGAGCCUGUUGGGUAAAAGCAUGCGCCGUGCAGUCGGCAUGGCUGUUUGUGGGGUCACAAAGAUGACCCUACCCAAGACAAACAGUCACAGACUGCUGCACGUAGGUGAGCG